AUGGCCCAGGAAGAAAAAAGUGAAGAAUGGAGUAGAGAAGUGAAUGGUAACAUGACAGAAGACUAUCUUGAAUUGCUUCUCAUGGAUGCUUUUAAGGGGAAGGGGUUUCAGAAAAUAAGUGAACUGCUUCAGGAGAGAGAAAUAGAGCCUCCCCAGAAAUACAGCACAUCUCUCUUCAACCAGCUAGACAAAGCCCUGAGAAAGGAGCUGGACAAGAAUGAAUUCCAGAACGUUUCGCUGCUACUGAAAUGUAUUCAGCUCUACUUUAGAAGUGAUCUUCAAGAAGGGACGAGUCUCUUUAUUGAGCAAGGAGUGGUGGAAAAGAUGAUAUCUUGGUUUGAAAGAGCAAGAGCAUUUGUGACCAUCAUCGACCCCAACGAGAAUAAAUUUUUAAUGUUGCUUUUUGAAGACUUCUUUGACUCUGCAUUGGUGAUUUGCAAGUGUAGUAAUGAAGUUGCUUCAACCAUCUUAUAUAUGGAGACCAGCUCAUUGCUAACUGUAAAUUUUCAAAUGAUUUUUCUAGGGAGGAAAGAGUUGGUGAAUUUAUUUUUGCCUGAACUAGGGCAUCUGGUGACAGAAGUAGAUAUCUGCUGUGCUCUGAGGCAGGAGGCUUUGAGGACCCUCAACUCUAUACUUGACAGUGUCCCACGGGAGGAGAAAAAGAAAUUCCCUCUGUCUGAGGAGAUGUGUUCGCUCACGAAAGACCUUGCAAAAACUAUACUGGAGGUUGGUGAUUAUGACCUUCAGGUUGCCCUUUCAGAAGCGCUUUGUAGGUUAAUGACAAAAAAAUGGAGGGAUGACCUUGUUCACCACUGGUUUGAAGAUAACUAUCUUGCUGAAGCUUUCAAAGAGAUCAAGGAUAGAGAAUUUGAGACGGACUGCAGAAAAUUUCUUAACCAGCUAAAUAAAAGGCUUGGGAAUGAAAGAAGAGUCUAUUCAUUCCCUUGCAUAUCUGCUUUUGCUGACAUGAACGAGGUGAAGAAGCCAUCGGACGAGAAGCUGGAGGAGUUCUGGAUUGACUUCAACGCUGGCAGCCAGAGCGUGACCUUCUAUAUGGAUGGAAGUGAGGGUGCUCUUUGGGACUCUGUGAGGUUGUCGAAGGAAGCAGUCAGCAGUUACAGCCUGAAAGAGGAAGGUGGAGAAAAAAUUGUUAAAAUUUACAUGAAGAUUCCUACUAUUCUUAACAAAACAGAAGCAACAAAAAUCAAAAUAUCUUUCAGUGCUGAGUUUGAAAUCUUAAGCGUACUUAGAAAAGUCCUGGGAGAGGAAAAAAUGAUGAUAAAUGUGACUGAAGAGGAGUCUGCCCACACUGGGAAGCAAACCAGGAAGAGUGAAGCAGUGAUACCAGAAUCUACUAAUUCACAGGGCAGGAAAGAUCCUUCAAACUCUGAGAACAUGGACUCUCUACCAGACAACUUAACCUCUCAGCACGGCCAACAGUUAACAGGCACCAUACCAGUAAGUCAGAAAACUGUUAACUCUGGUGUCACCGUGAUUACAGUGAGCCAACAGACUGAGACAGAAGAUACUAACCAAGGCUCAGCUCCAGAGGGUGAAGCUGUAGUUUGCUUGCCUCCUUCAGCAAAAAAGUCCAAAACUCCAUCUCCAAGGAUGAAAGCUAAGCCGAGUGAGAAGCUCCUAGAAGAAGAACCCACGGAGGAGUCAAAAACAAAG